AUGGCUUUCGCGGGUCCUCCUCCCCAGAUGUUACCCCCACACAUCCUGAUCCUCAGAAGACCUGGCAUCUAUGAGGAUGAAUAUUAUAGACUGUGGCUGGUCACAAAUUUGGACAUUUGUACUCAUUCACCAUACUGCAACAGGCUCAGAACCUGUAUAUCUGUCCACUUGUGUCAGGUGGUCAGUUUCCCCCACGAGAUUACUUCCACCACUCCCUCAAAUUUGAACUACCUACCCAGGAUGUGGAGAUUAUACUCAAUGGGCACAUAUCGGGGAUCAGACGCCAUGGUCUGGAGAGUAUCGGAACAUUUCCAGGUUGGUAACACAGUGCGACUGAUCCUAAGGAUGGAUUGA